UGUUAUAUUUUGCUUGCCCUUUUCCGUGAAGUAACAACAAGUUUUGGACAUUCAAACAAAGAUGAUAGAAUUCCCUCCAAGGUCUUGAAAACGCUGAAAAAAUACAUUACCGGGAUCAAGGACUUACCAAACGAAGUGAAAUCUCUGGCUGAAGGUUUUUUGGAAAAUUUUGGAAACGCAAACACCCAAAUUCUGCAGUCACGUCCUCAUCAAUCUGCGACUGAUAGACGACUUAUUGAUUUAUUAACUCAUUUCCUUGUUGUCAUUAAAUGCUCGCCUCAAAAUCAAUUGCUUCAACCUUUUUCGAAUUUGGCAUUAAAUCCAGCUAUGAUGGUGAACGCUUUUAUUCCCACAAUGCCUCAUGAUGAUGGCCCUGAGGUCAUGCAGGCAACCACUGGCAAGUGGUACGAGUGCCCACAAGGACAUCGCUAUGUUAUUACUGAAUGUGGGAGGCCAAACCAAAACUAUAAUUGUCCAACAUGCCAUAGCCCUAUUGGAGGCAUGAAUUACGGUCUAGCAGCAAACAAUAGAGAUGCAUCCAGGGAAGAUCGAACUAGCACAGGGCAUAUUCUUGGCCGUGCUCAACCACAACGGGGAACAGUAGAAUCAGAGCGAAAUAUGAAUCCUUUGUCUUGCGGUGUAUUACGUUGCCUGACACAUUUAGCCAUGUUGUUGGGAACAGAUCAGGAUAUUCAGAGAAUUGCUGCAACAGUAAAACCAGCAGUUGGCGAUGUUGUCCAGUUCUUGAAGGAACAUAUCAAGAAUGACAUAAGAUGUAUUGCACGAAAUACUGGCCAUAACGAUGUUGAGGCGGAACAAAUAAUCCACCUAGUUCUUGUUGGUAUUAUGAACAACACAGACCAGCAGAGAGGGUUAAAUUUUGACAUCAGACUAGCUACUAAGGAGUCAAGAGCAGCUUGGGAAGAUGCAUUUUUGAACACUUAUUUGAAUCCGGUUCUGUCUAAUAUUUCCAACUUACUGCAAGAAAGCCUUGGUCGUAUGGUCCGAGAUGAAAGGCUUGGCAACAAUCGUCUGAUGAAAUUGAUAUAUGAACACGAUGAUCCAAAAGAAACCGUCGCUACAGAGCUCACUCCGAUGUGUCCAGCGCUAUGGCGGCAUCGUAAGAAGAUCACCAUAGAAUAUUUAUCGUUCAAGUUUCAAGAGUAUUCUCAAGAUGGCAAUAAACUAGAAAGAUGUGAAGUUUUGGCGGAAUUCUUGAAAAAAGAGCAGCAUCUUCGAGCGUUGCAGUACCUCCCAGAUAUUGUAAAGUUACAACGGCUUCUUUUUGAGAAAUUUCAUCGUCGCUUAGAUCGAAUUGAAGCGGAAACAUAUAUUAUUGGAAAGUUCCUAAAAAGCGUUUCUCAAGUAAAAGAACAGUUUAUUUCAUUGAUCGACAGCUUUAGAAAGGCAUGGAAGAUUGUCCGAACAGCUCUUGUGCAAGAUGGACCAUUUUCAAUUUCACAAGAAAUGUGUUCUUUUGAAGUGACAAACUCAACAGUAAUUUCCAUGUUUUUACCUGCCCGUUCAGGCGUGGGAAGAUGCGCGUUAGCCCUGAAUAAUUUUCUAGUGACUUUGCACAAUGAUUUCAUUGGCCGUUGUAAGAGCUUGCUGAAGGAUGAGAGUAGGUUACCUGACAUGUCUCUGAAGAGUGUUACUAAAGCUCAUCUUGUGGCGUAUGAUCCUGAAAAGGAUUUCAUACCAAUCAUCCUUGCACACUGUGAUUAUUCUUUAAAUCUUGGCGAAGAAACAGUGCUUGAAUUCAACUGGAAAUCAUUGGAGAGACAAAUAGUGGACAGAUUCAUCAGAGGCAGGCCCAGACUAACGUCCUUGGUUGAAUUGUUUGUGUUCAGUAAAGACAUUUGUGAUGGAGAAGUAUUUAAAGCUUUACAACAGAAAAUACCUCAGGUGGAGUUGACUCGUCCUGUUCAAGAUCAAAUACUCAAUGAACUUAAUCAGCUGACCGAUGUUUGCGAUGUUCUUAAAUCACUCCAUAUUGCUAUUGGAUUUCUAUCCUCUGCUGGGGGGGAUCCAUCAAUGUCUGUUUUUGAUUACCUUCAUUCAGGACUAAAGAUGGAAGUGAAAAACGGUCUGAAAAGUAGAAAGGCUGAGCAGUUUUGUGAACUGCAGCACAUCGUUUCUCUUUGGCUGUUAUUGUCUCUAGAAAGGGCAAGGAUAUUGACAAAACAUAAACAGGAUCCAUUUGAUGACGUAACGGAUACGGUAAAGGUAUCGCUCGAAACGAAGCAGAAAUUUGCAUUGAACGGCGGAUUACAAAAGCUGAACGUUGAUCGAUUUGUUCUUGUGCUGUUGGAGUUCAUUUUGCUCUACCUAAAAAAUGUUCCUGAUGAUCAGUUACACUUUCCCUUAUCUCAGUACAUGAAUGCCAAACUUGACGAAUUGAAUCGUGAAGUUAUCGAUGCGCUAGAAGAAUAUAUACCAGAAGACAUCACGGUAGAACAUGCUGUAGAAGCUUGGAAAAUUGCAUGUCGAAAAAGUGAGGACUAUCAUUUAAGAUUGGAACAGUAACGCGCACACGGAUAUUUUAAUUACAUUUAAAUUGGGUUAGCAACAUUUCGGUUUUAACGUAUAAUUUAUGCCUAAGUACAUUUUGCAUAGGUAUACAUAUCCUCCAUUAUGAAUAAUUGCAAAUUCUUUGUCACUUGCACUGUGCAAUUUAUAAAAUAUAGUGUAUGUAGGAAUGUUGCGUUCUUCUAGUCUUUCGAAUGAUACCAAUGAAUCAGUAGCGUAGGCAGCCUGUCAAUGUUGUCAGGCUUUACCAAUAUUUCAGUGUCAUUCACUGUGAAAACAGUCAAUAAUAACAUUAAAUUUGCAUAGCAUUUACAUAGCCGGAUUAAAAUGACAAGCUGGCUACACCAUUUACUGAAAUUAAAGAGUCUUAAUGUAAUUUGAUAUUAUAAGAGCUUUAAAAUUAAUUAAAUUUGGAUUUUCAAAUA